AUGGCAGGCUGGGCCCUAUGCAUGGCCCUGCUGCUGGCAGCGCUGGCAGGGGCGGUGGGCGAGAGCCGCUAUGAGAAGUUCCUGCGGCAGCAUGUGGACCACCCCCAGACAUCCGUGCUCGCGGCGCAUCGCUACUGCGAGACCAUGCUGGCACGCCGGCGGGUGACGGCCCCGGGGCGGCCCUGCAAGCCCUCCAACACCUUUGUGCACGCACCGGCUGAGGAGCUGGUGGCUGCCUGCACCCAGACGCCUGACGCAGCGGGGCUCCACAGCACCCCAACGUCCAUGGGCCUCACAGCCUGCCGCCUGCGGGGCGGGAACACCAAGCCCCCUUGCGCCUACCGGGCCCGGCAGCUCCAGCACCACGUGCGUGUCGCCUGCCUUGACGGGCUGCCUGUGCACCUUGCUGGCACCCACGCGCCCCCCCAGUGA